AUGAAACAUUCACUAUCAUUCGACAAGAUAAAUUAUGUUAUGAUGAAUUGUAUGAGUCGUUUUGAUUCAAUCAAAAUUAAACCAAAUAAUUUGGUUACUUUAAAGCGUGAUAUAGUGCUUGAUCAAUUGAAGAGUUCCUUCGGUGUGAAUGUGUUAAUAGUUUGCUCUUUACAACACCAUAAACCAGCUAAAUUAUCUGAAAUUCGAAUUUGUUUAAAUCCAUCACUAGAAUUCAUUGAUUGUCCUAUACCAGGAAACAAAAUUGAUUAUCAACAAUUUUCAAAUAGUUUUUAUCAAAAUAUUUAUUAUAAUAAUAAUCCUGUUUGUAAAUUAUUACCAUGGUUAUAUCAAUCUCCAAUGUGUUUAAAUCAAUCAUCUAAUUUAUUAUUCAAUAAUGCACCAUGUCCAGAAGAAUUAAUAUUUCCAGAUUUUAAUUAA